ACUAUUGUGUGCUUAUAAGCUCUGGCAAAAGAUCGGUUUUGUUUCAGUGAUUUUAAGUGUCAUGCAUUAUAACUAACAAAGAUCCACACUUAGUAACUUCACACGAUGUAAAAUGGCGGUAGGAACCACACUACAUUUUGUUCUCUUCAUUCUCAUGGUGGUCGUUGUAAGUUCCUUGCCUGAAAGCGACCACGAAGUAGGUGUCCGUGGCUGUGGAAACAAGACGUGUGACGUCAAUGAAUUCUGCGAUGAGGACAAAGGGGUCUGUUUGGAUUGCGCAAUACAAGAUUGCCAAGUGUUUCUUUCCACAGGAAACAACGGUUUGAGCAAUACUGAUGCAACCAGCGAACUUGAUCAGACAACAAUGGCAACCAAGAUAUCCACAGGAAACAACGGUUUGAGCAAUACUGACGCAACCAGCGAACUUGGUCAGAUACCAAUGGUCACCGAGAUAUCCGAGACACGGUGGCCAUCCACUUCUCACCAAAUCGACAAUAAAACAAAGAAGCCGGAACGGGAGAAGGAGGAGGAUAGUCUUCCCGCAACCCUUGCUCUAUGUGGAGGCAUCUUGGUGAUCUGUGUGGGGGCUUACAUCUAUGUCUGCCAUCCACUCGGCUGUCGGUCACAGAGGAUUAUGAGAGAACUAGACGAAAUGGCGGGGAUUUAUUCAAAAGGAAUAUACCAAAAAGAAAACGAUGAACCAAUGACGAAGGCCCCGUUACAGUAUACCAUACAAACAGAUGCCUGCACAAAGUCAACAGUUUAAUCUAUGCUCUAUGGUGUAAUUAAACACCAUGAACUUUGACUCCAAAGACUACUUCUAACCUAGACAGGAAUAUGUGUCUUUUCUUGGAUUUAUUAACAAUCUCUGACAUCUUUAAGUGUAGCCAACGUAGUUCAGCGGAACAACCGCUGUUAGCUUUUGGUCUAUUCUCAACUCACCCCUAAAUUUUCCAGAAACGCUCAAUAUUUGGGUAAAUGUUCGAAUAUCUUUGAUUUUGACCGAUGUAAACCCCAUUUUACACAGUUUAUGAGCCAUAAUUUUAUGAUAUGAUACAGAUUUCACUUAUAAAAUGAACAUCGGUCUAUCAUUACAAAUCACAUUUUUGAACAUGUAUAUGCGAGUAGAGCCGAUUAGUUUACCUUAAUUUCCUUAUACAAAUGCAAGGAACUUUUGGAAUUUUACAUUGCAAGUAAUAUCUACCGUGCAAUAUUUCAAUACAGAUAUGAAUUUCAGACAAUCUUAAAUUUUCGUCUUUUCGCAUCCAAAAUUAAGAUAUGAAAUGUCAAAUGACAAAGUUCAUUAUGGUCCUCCAGGGCCCUGGGAACAAUUUUUGGCUGGGAGUGCUGGCUUGGAAUGCAAAUUUGACAAGCAAAAAGAGAAGUCUUCACUACAAAUAAAGGUGAUUUGGGUUAAAUUAAUACUUAUAGCAUAACUUAGAUAUUUUUAUUGAGUGAUUGAUAACGAAUUUUUAAUUUCAAUUGUCAACAAAAUUGCAAAGUAAAGCAAGUCGUGAUUCAUUAUAAUGAAAUAGAAUAAAAUAUAUUUUAUUAUAAACCCAGUACAAAGAAAUAAAACAGUUACUAUCUUUUGUGAGCAAAUUAUACAUAACAAGCGAGAAAAAAAAAAAGACAGAAAAUCCCAACAUGUAAUUGGUGACCUUGAUUUGCUACCCUUGUAUUUGAACAUACAGCCAUCCAUAGAUAUUUUUAUUUCUGUUAUUUCUGUAUCCUUACUCGAUAGAACACAAUGCUUGCCGCAGUGUGCUCACAAUAUAUGGAACACAGUGUGAAAUCACCUUCACACUGUGAAAUUUGAGCAUUUCAACGGUGUGAAUUACAUAUUCACUGUAAAUCACAUAGUCGACCAUGUGAAUACUCUGUGGACAUACAUGAAUAAAUAAAUAAAUAAACAGAUACAUAAAUCACAGUUGGAUUUAUGUAGUGCCUUUUACCAGAGUACACAAAUCGCAACUAUCAUUACCCCGGCUUUAGCUCGAGCUACCGCUUCAUCAACAGUGCUGAGUACCCAUUCAUCUCCCCUGGGUUAACAUGGUUAAGAGUAGCACAAUCUGGAAACAUUUCAUGUUGGAGGGUGGUGAUGAUGAUGGUGAUGAUAUUAAUUAUCAUAAUCAGGGAUGCCUCUUAUAGGCUUGAUAAAAUAAAAUAUCUGGAAUUACCCCUUUCCUACAUGAAAAAAGGAGGUUUUCAGUGGCCUUAAAUAUAUUGAAAAAGACUUAGGUCUGAAAAGUGACAUUCCUGAAUAACGAUAACAUUAUGAAUGAGAAUAAUGAUAAUAUAGAACGAUGGCAAAUUGAUUAUAAUCAUAAGGCUUAAUGAUACCAAUGCUAAUAAUGAUAGGCCCAAUAAUGAAAUUAAUAUUGGUAAUACAAGAAAAAUAGAGUAUAGCUGCAUUAAAGGGGAAGUUCACUCUGACGAAAUGUCUAUUGAUAAUAAUUUCGCAGAAUAAAAUAUUUUUAAAAUGGUGAAGGUUUGUGGAAAAUCCAUCAAAGAUUUAAAAGCUUUAAGCAUUUUAUUCAUUUUUGUUUGUUUGUGACGUCAUAUGCGACAAUGUUUCCCAUAUAUCCUGUAAUGAAAAAAAAUAUAAAUGAAAUUUCAUUUUAAAAAAGGUGAAAAUAUUUCUUAUUGCACUUCCAGUAUAUCAACAGACAAAUAAUUUCACACCAGCUCCUGAUGUUUUAGUCAUCAUAAACCAUUAAAAUGGAAAUGUAUGAUUUUAUAUUAUAACUAUGGAGUAGGUGCUCGAAAAUGACGUAAAAAUAAAAAACUUCAAAUUCUACAACUUUACUAAGCAUUGAUGACUAUUUCCCUCAAUCCUUCAACAAUAUUUUUCAUUAUUUUUUCGUCAAUUUUUUUUAUAACAAAAUCUUCUUCAGAGUGAACGUCCCCUUAAAUUGUAAUGUAAAAGAGAAAAGUGUCGGUUCUUUACUUAUACAUUUUAAAAAAAUAUUCCUCGAUUACAUAAACAUCUUUAGAACCUGACCAUAAAGUUAAACGUGCAUGACCAGGCCAUUACUUGGAUAUAGCAUGAUCGGACACCAUCACUCCAGCUUAUAUCGGUGGUGUUGUACGGUAUUUUGUGCAGAGUCUUUAUGCACUAAUGUUCUCUGUGUGCAGAAAAGCGCCAACCUACUGACAUUUCGCAACCCCCAGCCAAAAAGUCCCUAAAGUUAAAGACUUGCGAAAUACACACCUGUGAUUCCCCGAGUUAUUUGAUAAUUGAAUAUAUAAGUUCGCACAAACUUUACUUACUUUUGAUAGGUGUGCAUGGUCGCAAACUCAAUUUGUAGGAACGGAGGAACGAGGCAAAAAUAUGGUCCCAAGAAAAUGCCUGUACGUAUUAAACGGGAAUCGUACACAGAUAGUUCAAAGAAUCAAUUGGAAUGGCGUUUGGAAUUUGUACCCCACUAUAAAGGGAUGACGUUUAGAACACAAUGUCUGAUUGAAAUAAAAAUCAUUUGCAAAUGG